GAAAAAACAAAGUACCAAAACCUUCACAGUUUCAGUUCCAAUAAUGCUUCUCUUCCUUCUCUUCUUCCUCUUCUUUCUCUCUCCACCUUUACUUACUCUCUCUCUAAACCAAGACGGCCUAUUCCUCCUCCGCGCCAGGCAGCAGCUCUCCGACCCCAACAACUAUCUCACCACCUGGAACAGCGCCGACGCCACGCCGUGCCGGUGGAGCGGCGUCACCUGCAACAACCUCACCGGCGCCGUCACCGCCGUCAACCUCUCAUUCGCCGGCCUCUCCGGCCCCUUCCCCAGCUCCCUCUGCCGCCUCCAAUCUCUCACCUCUCUCUCCCUCUCCAACAACUACAUCAACUCCACCCUCCCCGCCGUCGCUAUCGCCGGCUUCCGCAGCCUCCGCCACCUCGACCUCUCCAUGAACAACCUCGUCGGACCCAUCCCCGACACCCUCUCCCAAAUCACCACCCUACGCAGCCUCGACCUCUCCUACAACAACUUCUCCGGCGACAUUCCGGCGAGCCUCGGCCAGCUCCCGCAACUCGAAUCUCUUCACAUCGUCUAUAACCUCCUCGAAGGAACUAUACCCAGUUCUCUUGGGAACAUCUCAACGUUAAAGGAGCUUCAACUCGCUUACAACCCGUUCACCCCGGGUCCAAUACCUAGUCAACUCGGUAACCUCACCAACCUCGAGAACCUGUGGCUCAGAGAAUGCAAUCUCGUGGGUCCCAUUCCAACCUCACUCGGUAACCUCGCUCGUCUCACCGUGCUUGAUCUCUCUGUGAACAACCUCACUGGAACAAUACCCGAAUCGUUUUCUGGGUUGAAGAGCGUGAUUCAGAUUGAGCUUUAUAGUAACUCGCUCUCUGGCGAGUUACCCGCUGGUUUUUCGAACCUGACCCGGUUGGAAAUGUUUGACGCGUCGAUGAACGAGUUGACUGGGACGAUUCCUGCUGAGUUGUGCGAGUUGCAGCUUGCGUCGCUCAACUUGUACCUUAACAAGCUUGAAGGGUCGUUGCCUGAAAGCAUAGCUCGUUCGGAGAAACUCUCUGAACUCAAAUUGUUCAACAACAACCUCGUUGGAACGUUGCCGAGUGAUUUGGGGAGUAACUCGCCGCUGGAGAUUAUUGAUAUUUCGUAUACUCAGUUUUCCGGCGAGAUUCCGGCGAACCUGUGCCGUCAAGGGAAGCUUGAGGUACUCAUUAUGAUUAAUGGUUCAUUUUCCGGGGAAAUUCCAGAGAGUCUUGGGAAUUGCAAGAGCUUAAGGAGGAUUCGGCUUAAGAACAAUAAGCUCUCUGGUGUGGUUCCUUAUGCUUUAUGGGGUUUGCCCCAUUUGUUUUAUCUUGAGCUUAUGGACAAUUCUCUAUCUGGGAACAUUUCUAAUGCUAUUUAUGGUGCAUAUAAUAUGUCAAGUUUGUUACUUUCGAAGAACAAGUUUUCUGGGUCGAUUCCUGAUGAAAUUGGGUUGUUGCAUAAUCUUGUGGAGUUUGAUGCCAGCCAUAAUAAUCUUUCUGGCCGGAUUCCGACGAGUGUGGUCAAAUUGAGCCAGUUGUUUAGUCUUGAUCUCGGUGACAAUCAACUUUCUGGAGAAAUUCCAGGUGGAAUUGGUCACUUGACUAAGCUCACUGACCUUAAUUUGGCAAAUAAUAGGUUUAAUGGCAAUAUUCCAAGCGAGUUAGGAAGCUUGACUGUGCUUAGUGUUCUUGAUCUUUCUUGCAACUACCUUUCCGGUGAAAUUCCUCUACAGCUGCAAAAUUUGAAGCUUGGUGAGCUGAAUUUGUCAAACAAUAAGCUUUCUGGAGAUAUUCCACCCCUUUAUGCCAAUGACAGGUAUAGGAUGAGUUUUGUAGGAAAUCCUGGCCUCUGUGGCCAUCUCUCUGGGCUUUGUCCAAGCUCUGGGGAGAGUAAGAGUAAGUACCGAAGGUAUUUGUGGAUUUUCCGUUCUAUAUUUGUGCUUGCUGGAGCUGUGUUCAUCGUUGGGAUGGCCUGGUUUUACUUGAAAUACAGGAACUUAAACAAGUUGAAAAAGGGGUUUAACAUUUCAAAGUGGAUGUCGUUUCAUAAGCUGGGCUUUAGUGAGCUUGAGAUUGUGAAAUUGAUGAGUGAAGACAAUGUAAUUGGAAGUGGGGCAUCUGGGAAGGUCUACAAGGUAGUGCUUAGCAAUGGUGAGGUGGUGGCAGUGAAGAAAUUGUGGGGAACUGUUGGUUCUAAAAAAGAUGAAUUUGAUGUUGAAGUUGAAACACUAGGAAAGAUUAGGCACAAGAAUAUUGUGAGGUUGUGGUGUUGCUGCAACAGUGGUGAUAACAAGCUACUGGUUUAUGAGUAUAUGCCAAAUGGGAGCCUUGGUGAUAUGUUAAAGAAUAGCAAGAAAAGCUUGUUGAAUUGGCCAACUAGGUGUAAAAUUGCUAUUGAUGCUGCUGAGGGGCUUUCUUAUUUGCAUCACGAUUGUGUCCCACCCAUUGUUCAUAGGGACAUAAAAUCUAACAAUAUAUUGCUGGAUGGAGAGUUUGUGGCAAAAGUUGCAGAUUUCGGAGUUGCCAAAAUUGUUGCAGGAGUCAACCAAGGGACAGAAUCCAUGUCUGUGAUUGCAGGAUCUUAUGGCUACAUUGCACCAGAAUAUGCAUAUACUCUUCGGGUGAACGAGAAGAGUGAUAUUUAUAGCUUUGGUGUGGUCAUUUUGGAGUUGGUAACUGGAAAACCCCCUAUUGAUGCAGAGUAUGGAGAAAAUAAUCUGGUAAAAUGGGUUUCCUCCACGUUGGAAAAAGAAGGACUGGACCAUGUGAUUGAUCCUAUUCUAGAUUCCAAAUAUAGUGAACAAAUCAGCAAGGUACUGAGUGUGGGGCUUCUUUGCACAAGCUCUCUUCCAAUAACACGCCCUUCAAUGAGAAAGGUGGUGAAAAUGCUUCAGGAGGCAACAACUGCUCCCGAAUCCACUAGUGUUAAGAGUGGAAAUCUUUCCCCUUAUUACAACGAUGGGGCCUCUUAUAAUCAGGGAAACGUAGUUUGAGAAAUGUGCUUAAAAAUAGACUCUUAGCUAUUACUUUUUCCAUAUGGCAUUGGUUCAUUUAGUACGUAUAAUCUUGUAGUCUAGUUAGCAACCUCUUCUGUUUAGGCGAUAGUUACUUGAAACAGCAAUUGUAAGAAAUGGUUAGGGACUAAGAAUUUUGAAUGAGGCUAUUGUCUCGAUCCUUAUAAAUCG